CUAACCGACUGAGCCACCCAGGCGCCCCUCUUCUUGAAUGUUUAAAAAAUUAAAAUUCCAAGUGGCGGAUAAGAUUUCUAAAGAAGAGUCUUUAAGCAGUAUUUCCAUUAAACCUAGUACUGAUGAUUCAUGGCUUACAUCAGAUGCUGAAGACUUAAAUUUUGGUAUCCAGGAAGGAGAGGUGCAGCCGGCAAUUGGAAAACAGGACGAUGGUAUUAGUAUUACUGAAAGUGCUCCACAAGAGCAAACAGUUAAUGACAAUCUGACUUCUGCUGAUAGAGCAUACAAAAGUAAUAGUAGUGUUACGAUGUCAGCAUUAGGAUUAGGAGAAGAGGAAGUUGGAGAAUCACCUUUGGAUUCUGAGAGUAUUUCUGAGAGUCUUCCAGAGAAAGACGUGAAACGUUUAUCUGGAGCUGCGGAUCAGAAAGGACCACCUAUAUUAAGUGAAGAAGGAGAAGAUGUGUUUUAUAUACCUUCUUGUGUGAGUGGAUCAAGAAAUUUUAAGAUGGCUAAACUAGACGAUACAAGAAAUGUAGGCAUACCAGUAGGCCACAUGGAUUCUCCUAAAAUAUAUCCUUACGUGAAGCCUACCGUUGAAGUGAAAGAUUCCGUUCCUACUAAAACAGUAGAAGUGAAGGAAAAACAAACAUCCAAAUCAGCUUUGUCCAGUUGGAAGUCUUCAGUGUGUUUGGCUCACAGUACUGUGUCUUGUCAAAGAUCCAGGGCUUUGAGAGUUGAUGAUGAAUGCCCAUCUGUAUCACACUCGGUGACCCCAAAUCAGUCAGCAUCCAGAGGAUUUGGACAGACGACCUUCAUAGAGAAAGUAAAGAUUAAUGAUAUUGGAGUUGUGUUUCUGUUAGAGAAUUAUAAACUCCAUGACCUGUAUAAAUCACAGCUACCAGAAAGCAGAGAGCACAAACAAGAUUUGCCAGCAGAAGGAGACUUAGAAAGGACAUCAGAGGAAGAGCAAAAAAGACUGGACGAAAGGGAAAAUAACCACCUACAGGAUGAAGUUAUUUUACAAACAUGUAUCCUGGCAGAAAAGACAUCUGAAAAUCAAACCAAGCAAAUUAAUCUUCCACUUUUGCAUCUGCAAAAAAAGUUUCGAGAACCAGAGAUGAAGAAGAACUCUGAUAGACAGGCUCAUAUAUCUGUAUAUUCAGAACAUCCUCCUGUGCAGAAGCAUGAGGAACUCUGGAUCAAACAAGGCAAAUUAGAGUGGAAAAAGAAUUUAAAACUCAUCACAAGGCAGUUAAAGCGGAAGUUUGGUAAAACUUGUCAAAGAUACAAAAUUGCUCCUUAUCCUAAGGAAGAGUCACUACAUGGUAACUUUAAAGAAGGAGCAAACGUAAUGGAAAUACCUUCUAACUUGACAAAUGACAGACUCGAUUGUGAGAAAAGGGAUACAUUUGCAGUGCCUGUCCCUCUAGUAUUUCAGGCAUUUGCUGAACAAAAAACGUCUAGUCUCAGAUUUGCUUGCCAGUCAUCUUCUGAUUUUGCUUUAAGUGAAAAUAAAUCGGACUGUGAAAAUGGUCACAAACCAGACACUGAGCAUGUUUUUAACAAAAAUAAGAGUUUUAAAAGUGAUACAGAAAAUAAAAAAGUAAGGAACCCACUCACUAUGUUUGAAGUGAAAGAAGACCAAGAGCUUGACAUGCCAAUGGCAAAAAGUAUGAACCAAAAUAGCACUAAUUCUAAAUUAGAGAUGGGACAUAUACCUCAGUCUAGUCAUUCGGAAAGCCUUUGUGACAAAAGGUUUUCCAGCUCCAAUGAGGUGAGACAGAUGGCUCAAAUAAAAAGGCACAAUAGUUCUGCUGUUACAGACACUUACAAGAAGACAAAAGACUUGUUCCGGAAGCCAUUCUGUGCAGAUAAUGACAGUACUAAUAACUAUAGAAGUAUGGAACCCGAAGUAGAAAAUGAGAGUUCUUCUCCACCAUGUAGUUACGGAACAUCAGAAGUAUAUCUACAAGAAGAAAUACAGCAAGAUGUUCAAAAGGUUAAGAACGAGAUAGGCAUGUUACAGAUAGACUUCCUGGAUUUGGAAAAAGAGAAAGUUCAACUUCAAAAAGAGAUUAAUGAAGAAAAGAAGAGACACCAAAGUAAUGGGAUGGCAGUAUUCGAAAACAUGUGUGCUUUCGCUGCUGCUGCUGCUGGACUAAUUCAACAGAGAGUGGAAAAACUGAAAACCACCUCUUUCCUGUUGGGAAAAAGGAAGAUUCUGAUGGGUUCCAUAUACUGUUUUGGUGACUACAGCUUUGAAGUAAGGAAAGAUGAAAAUGAAAAAUGGACAUCAAAAGUAUCUGUGAUUACGCCAGGGCUUGAGAAGGCCGAUUCCCUAACUUUGUGUCCACUACAAGUGAAUGAUGAGAGCACUUCAGGUGAAAUGGAUCAGGAUGAAGGAAGACCUGCAAAGAAAACAUCUCAUGAAAAGAAAGAGGUCAAAAAGCAAAUGAAUUUUAUGGAUGACCUUGACUUAACUGAGUCAUCUGGAACAGCUUCAGAGGAUUCCAAGUUGCCUUGCUCUAAUUAUAUGAGUUGCGUGUUGCUACCUGCACAAGUUGGCAAGGACUGUAAAGAUUCUGCUACUUUACUAAAAAUCCAGGAUGCGAUUUUUUCGUAUAAAAGAUUAGUAGAACAACUUAAAAAAUAAAAAAUGAAAAAUAAGGUUAAUGGACUACGAAAGGAGCUAUCAGAAACAAAAGAAUUGAAAUCGCAGUUGGAGCAUCAAAAAGUGAAAUGGGAACAAGAACUUGGCCGUUUGAGAUUUACCUUAAAACGUGAAAAAGAAAAAAGAAGAAAUGCUGAUAUAUUAUAUGAAAAAAUGAGGGAGCAAUUCAGAGAAAAAGAAGAGCAGUAUAAUAAAGAAGUCGAAAUGAAACAACAACUUGAACUUUCUCUUGGAACACUAGAUGUGCAAUUGAGGACUGUAAGAAAUAAUUUGGAUCAGGUUGUAGAAGAGCGAAAUGACGCUAAGUUACAACUUUCUCGAGAACAGAAUGCCAGAGUAUUACAAGAUGGAAUUCUAAAGAAUCAGCUUUGCAAACAAACGGAGAUGGAAGUGGCUAAUAACAGAAUGAAUUCUGGGAUUUCUAAUAGUCAUGAAAAAGAAGAAGAUCUGUUGCCUAAAACCCACAUGUGGCAGGAUGAAAUUGCCAUGCUAAGACUGGAUCGAGACACAAUAAACAAUAAGAACCAGGACAUGGAAAAGAAAUAUUGUGAAGGCAUUGAAAUUAUAAAAGAAAAGAAUGUCAGUCUUCAAGAGAUCAUAAAACUGAAGGUGGAAACAUUAACAAAAACAAUAUUAGAAUAUAGUGGACAGAUUAAUGCUCUGACCACUGAGAAUACAAUGCUAAAGUCUAAACUGGAGAAUGAAAAGCAAAACAAAGACAGACUGGACAGAAAAGUUGAAUCUUACCGAGCUAGACUAGCUACUGCUAUAGAGGAUUAUGAUCAAAGUCAGGCAUCAAAAAGAGACCUAGAACUUGCUUUCCAGAGAGCAAAAGAUGAAUGGUUUCGUCUGCAGGACAAACUGAAGUUUGAUGUGUCUAACCUAAAAGAAAACAAUGAGCUUCUUUCUCAAAACCUUUCUAAAGCUGAAAGUAAAUUCAAUACUGUAGAAAUUGAGCUCCAUCACACAAGAGAUGCUCUCAGGGAAAAGACUUUGGCUUUAGAAUGUGUACAAAGAGACCUAAGUCAAACACAGUGUCAGAAAAAGGAAAUGAAACACAUGUAUCAAAAUGAACAGGGAAAGCAGGAAUCCUUAGAGGAGAGAUUAUCUCAACUACAAAGUGAAAAUAUGUUGCUUCAACAGCAACUAGACGAUGCUCACAACAAAGCUGCCAGUAAAGAAAAUGUCGUAAUUAAUAUCCAAGACCAGUUUCAGGAUAUCAUAAAAAAACUUCAAGCUGAAAGUGAAAAACAAGGUCUUUCGCUGGAAGAAAGAAAUAAAGAGUUAAUCAAUGAAUGUAAUCUUUUAAAAGAAAGAAUGUAUCAGUAUGAAAAGGAGAAAGCAGAAAGAGAAGUAGCCGUGAGACACCUUCAGCUAGAACUGGCUGAUGCCCUAAAAAAACAGUCUAUGUCAGAGGCUUCACUGGAGGUUACAUCACGUUGCCAUAUUAAUUUAGAAGAUGAGACACAGGAUUUGAGGAAGAAAUUAGGUCAAAUCAGACAUCAGUUGCAAGAAGCACAAGAUCGACAUGCAGAGGCUGUAAGAUGUAUUGAAACGUUGAAAGAUCACAUGCAAAAGCUUGAGGUUGAAAAUGACAAGUUAAAAGUUACAGUCAUAAAACAAGCGGGCAAAAUUGAACAACUUCAGGAAAACCUGUUACGUACAAGUUCGGUUGAUGAUCUUACAGCAAAACUGGAAACUGCAUCUUUAAAAUAUCUGUACCUGGAUGCAAAAAACCAGCUUCUUACCCAGGAGUUAUCAUCUAUGAAGGAAAUGCAGAAGAAAUAUGAAAAACUAGGGAAGAAUAAAAAGAAGUUGAAACAACAGGUAGUACACCUCAGAAGUCAUUUAGAACUCAGUAUGGUAGAAUACAGUAAAAUAGAACAAUAUAAAUGGGAGCUUGAAGAAAGAAUAAGAUUGGACAUAACAGAAAAAUUAAAAGAAGCCAGUCUGUUUUUACAGACACAAGUAGCAUCUCAAGAAAGGUUAGGACAGUUAAGAGAAACUAAUAAUGCUUCAAUAAGAAGUCAAAUGGAACUCCGAAUUAAAGAAUUCGAAUUUGAACUAUCCAGAAUGAAAAGUUCUCGAGAUUUUUAUAAAACAGAAUUGGAAAAAUACAAGCAACUCUACGUAGAAGAAUUAAAAGUUCAAACGUCAUUGACAAAUGAACUGAGCAAUCUUAACAGGACUAAUGAGAAGCUGGCAGAGCGCAGUACCAGACUUCUGGUGGAGAAACAGCAAAAACAGUCUUUGAUUAAUACUAUUACUAUGAGGCCUGUCCUAGACUUGCCUUCUGUUAGAAAUAUUAAUAAUAGUUCACUGCUCAAUAGAAAUGUUGCUCCAAGAGAAAACCUAGUGAUUCUUACCCCACGCUCACGGCCUACAAAUAAUGGCAUUGAGACUUUCUUGACCAAGGUUAGUUAUGUUAUCUUUUUUUCUUGGGUUUCAGAUUUCUGAUAGAAUUUUUGUUUUUAAUUUGGUGAAAUUCUAAGACUACUUUCAGGGAUCAUUUCUAUAGUUUGUUAAUUUGGUGAAAUUCUAAGACUGUACUUUCAGGGAUCAUUUCUAUAGUUUGUUAAUUUGGUGAAAUUCUGAGUUGUUUAACUGACUAAUGCACACUAAGUGAAAGUCAUAAUUAUAUGUGCUAAUAAAGAAAUGAGACAGAAAUUUUAUGAUAUUUUUUUAGUUCCUGGAGCUCUUACUUUCAAGAGAUACCUAUUAUUAGCUUUAUUUAAUAAAUAUAACUAAACUGACAUAUUUUAUUAUUUUUUUAAAGAUUUAUUUAUUUAAUUUUAUUUUUUGAAGAUUUUAUUUAUUUAUUUGACAGAGAGAGACACAGCGAGA